CUCAUUCUAAAUGGAACAGCCCAGUACUAAAGCUCCGCGGAGUGCAUGAAGGUUGGGGUGCUCGCACAUGUGUUGUCGUCGUAUCGUGAAUUUAGCGAAGUUUGAUACAACAUCUCAGUAAACAAAGAAAAUAUGAUUCGUCUGUAACGCUACCAGAAGCCAGGGAUGCCUGACUGACCCCUCACAGUGAGCACGACGUUUGUCAGGUGCUGCCUGGUUGGACAGAAUGAAGGCCAUAGUGAGAACUGGAGCGUCAGCUGCAUUGAUACGAUCUGCAACAAAUCACUUUCUCCCUACAGUAUCUGCCCUUGCUAUCCCCAGGUGUUUAGUCACCUGUGCGCAAAACUCAAACCAUGCCAGCAACAACAGUACACCUGUGUUAAGGGCAUGGGUCUCAAAGCAAACUGGGUGUUGGGGAUAUUUUCCAAGGAGUAGUACUGUAAGACUUUCUGCAAUCACUUCUGAAAGAAGUAUGCCAGCAUUCUAUUGUACUGCAGAGUGUGAAGCCAAGAAUUUGACAGGUCCGAAUGAUACAAGCCUGGGAACAAACAGGUAUGACGAGCAGCACCAGGACUCCACAUGGACGACAGACGAUGGUGAAGGUGAUGAGUCAAUAGUUAAAUGUGGGCAGGCCAGCACAGGAGCAUCAGGAUGGCAGGAUAGAGACUGUAGCAGUGAUGACACUGGUGAUGAACCUGACUGGAACACAAACAUGACCCAGCAGUCUUUCCCUGGCACCUCAGAUAGACUGUGUGGAGCUGAGGGGACCACUUACAGCUCAUUGCCCUCUAGAAAUAACCCCAGCUCCUCUGUUACCCCUGCACUUGAUUUUGUCAAAUUUCCUGCAGCACAGACAGAUACUGUUGGUGACCUUGAACCAGCUGACCUUGAAACGUUAGACGUGCCUUCAGCAGACAGGCACCAGCCAUACACAGGACCUGUCCGCCAUGCAUAUGUUGAUUUGAGGAAUCUUGUCGACCAUUCGGAGACACUACAGAAGCUGGUGCACCUUGGUGUAGACCUACACAAGGUGAGUAGGAAGAGACAUGCAGCAAAUCUGAUAGCAAAGCUGGACUUUGAAAGUCAGGUGAAAGAGAAGUUGAUGUUUCUUCUGGAUGUUGGAGUGAUGAGAGAGAACUUGGGAAACAUUAUUUCUGUCAAUCCCUUCCUACUGGCAGUUGAUCUGGAGCGGCUGGAGAGGAGAGUCCAGUAUCUGUUGUCCAAGAAAUUCAAGGAAGAGGAGAUAGCUGUAUUGGUGAGCCGUGCACCUUACCUGCUGCAGCUGAGUGUGCAGCGGCUGGACAACAAGCUGGGCUGGCUGCAGAGGAACCUGCAAACAACUGCUACUCAGACUCGACAUAUCGUAGUGCACUAUCCACGGGUCCUGACGGUAAGCCUUGCCAGGAUCAAAGCAAACCUGCAGGCUGUACAACACCAGCUGGGCUUCUCUCCACAACAGCUGAGAAGUCUGGCCAUGGGAGCGCCGCGGAUGUUGUCCAGAGACAAGUAUAAAAUCAUCACUGUGUUUGACUACGUACACAAUGAGAUGGGAAUACCCCACCACACCAUCGUCUGCAGCCCUCAGGUGUUUAACAGCCGCAGGCGUCAGCUGUCGGAGCGGCACCAGUUCCUACAGAAGCUGGGCCGCGCCCAGUACGACCCCGCCCUGCCUGGCUACAUCCCCCUGGACAAACUCUACAAGCUGCCAGACACUGUCUUCUGCACACAGCUGGCUAAAGUCACCAUACAGGAGUAUCAGGACUUCCUGAAAACCUUGUGAAGACCACAGGGUUGAUGUGAGCAGCUGAGAUAGAAACGUUCCACUUUCUUGUGUUAUUGGAUCACUGUUGAAAAGAAACUGGCAAUUUGGCCAAAUUUGUUGUAGUACGAUAUUCUUAUUGCAAUCAAAAUGCUACUGAUUGGACCAGACAGAUGACUUUAUUUCAAACUGAUCGAGUCUUCUGACCCAUGACAGGACAAACAUCAGCGAUGGUCUUUGAUUAUUGUGCAAAAGUGAGACUAACUGACAUUUCUGAGCAAGUUUGAUUAGCAAGAAAAAUAAAGUUCCCAUAGCCGGAAUUUAA